AUGCCUUCUCCAUAUCAUUCCGCGUCGUCGGCUGAUGACAUACCUUCAGUCUCUACCUCACGCAUCCGGCACCGCCGUCCGCAUCCUCGAGCUUCUCAUGGCCAUAUUUCUCGUGACGACAAUGCACACGACGCCGUCGACACUCGGGCAGUUGACUCCGUUCAAGAGGCUGCCUCCGCCAUUGCGAUUCCUCCCACCAACCGCGCGGUCAGUAACACCGCCGGCGCUGCCACCUCUGCCAGCCGUAUAGCUGCCAUGAUUGCUGCCAACCUUGCGAAACGGACGACCGCUACCGCAGUUGCCAACUGCCCAGCCUCCUCGAUUGCUACGACGAGUCAGAGGCGCGCUGUGGCUCAACAUUCAGGACGCCUGCCUUCACCCACCACCGCCGCUAACCCUGCCGGCACUCCCAGCCUCACUGAACCUGCAGAUGGUAUAGACCUCCUUGCUGACGCAGACAGCGACGACGAGGAUGAGGAUGAUGGUCUCGAUACCAUCUAUAUCCUCUCCAAGGAAGAUGACGCCAUCAUCCAGAAGUACCUCCCUGCCUGGAAGAAGCUGUCGAAGGUGCGGAAUGACAAAGCCCAGCAUGCCCUGGUGUGCAAGGUUGCGGGGCUCAUCCUGGGGGAGAAGGAGUGCUCGUUGGAGGUCGAAGUGGACGUUGAAACUAGUGUGGAGGCCACCUUCAGGUUGCAUUCCCGAACUCGGCCACUGCACUCCGGGAAGUGGACCUCGUACAAGGUCCUUGACUACAAGCACGUGCGGACCAUCCGCAAGGAAAUGCGUGUCGUCUGGGCAUCGCUCUAUCCCGACCAACCCACCGUUGACACAGGGGACAAGAAGAAGUGGCUCGGCACUUGGAGUAUUGCCCGCAAGGUUGUUGCUCGGCACCUCACAUCUGCUCAGUGGGAUGCUCUCGAUGCACUUGCUGACCGUUGGAAUAUCUCAGGCCCACCUGAUGAUGUUCAAGAGAGGGAGUAUGACCGCCAUUUCAUUCCCAGGAUGAAGGUGUUUAUGACUGAGGCAGCUCGGGACUGCGGCGUCACGUUGUCGGCGUUGUGGGUACACAAGAAUGCAAAAGGGGAGUUGGUCUAUGGUUGGACCGAUGAGCUUCUGAAAGAUGUUGACACAUUCAAGAUGUCGCUUGGUGAUGCAAAAGCAAAACGCCUGCUGUUAGCAUGGGCUAACCAUAACGACCCUGAUGAAGUUUCUAGUGAUGAUGACGGCAGCAGAGCUUCACGACCUGGCAAAGCUGGCUCAAAGCGUGAUGUCAUUGUCGCCCUUGACGACAAUGGUUACCCUCUGGUACCAUCUGAGGUGGGGUGUAAUGCUAAGAGGUUGCAAAAAAUAGUUCGCGAGGUCAUGCGGGCUUCCUUCCGAUACGAUUUACCGUCGUCGCAACAGGGCGCAUGUGUGCCUUGGAGCGAACUACGGGCAAAGCCUUUGGCAUUCAUUGCCCCCGACUAUCUCCCGGGUGGAAAUUGGGGUCAAUUCGACGACCCGUCAAAGAUGCUUGACGCUGCAUGUAAGGCUCUCAUUCGGCAUUGGCGACUGAGACAAAACAUCAGCCCCGACGCCGCAUUCCGAUUUUUACCUUCCUUCAUUGAGCUCCGAGGUGGGCGCCCACCUCGGAGGAAGUCGUUGCUCAUGCCCAUCAAACCAACGCCUGCCGCUCCCACAGCGGCGUCAUUAUUUGCAAAGGCUGCGGCUGCAUCGACAAAGAGUGUGGCAUCAGCCCUGAGAUCAGCGGCCAACAACGCUAAUGCGCAGACCUUUGAAGAAUUGCCUACUGCGGUGGCCUCAACAUCACUUCCAAGUGGAUCUCGUACAUCUACCCCAAAGCCACAUGCUCCCAAGCCCCGAAUGUCCAUACUGAAGCCAAGACCUCUCACCAAACACCGCGGCGCUAACCUCAAUGCUCGACGACUCGACGGCCGAAACGUCCACAGCGAGCAAGAAAGCACGGAUGAGGUCGAAGAUAUCCAAGAUUGGGAGCUGCCUGAUUCUCUAGCCAAGAGUCUGGGUGUCACACCUACGAAGAAACGGCCUCCCGUCGAGGAGUGGUCUCCGAUCGAAGUUACGCCGAAACGUCAGAGGAUGAAUGACGACUUCACCCCAGUUCGGCGGCGUCACCGAACUCCAUCUCCAGCCUCAGAUGAUUACGAGUCUGAAGGUGACGGGCUUGACGACCCCAAGAGCCCAGGGCUCAACGAAGAUGAUGUCUACUUCAUGGGUGAGGGCAAUGGGCGUCCGGCAAGACAACGCAAGCAUACCGAGAGGGGCAGUCUGUGGAAACAAAGCAUAGAGGAACGUGCGAAACGCCGCAAAGGGGGCCUUGGCGUUCUUUUGGAAGAGUAA